AUGAAACAGCUGCUACGUACUCAACAGCAUUCUCACCAUAACUCAAAAGGUAAUUGUCGAAUAUGCGCUUGGGCAAGUCUUGAUUGUCUUCUAACAUCACUUCCAAUAACACCAUUAUCACGUUCGUCACGAAUAAUGCGUUCGAAUGGUAAUCUUUCAAUGACUGAUACUCGCCGUAUAUCUCCGCAAACGACCAGUUCAAGUGGUUAUCAUAGUGAUUUAUCAUCAGCAAUAUCAGCUAAUGAAUCUCCACAAUCAAUUCAUGAAAUUCUUCCUCUUACAUUUGAUAAAUUUUCUUCAUCUUCACAAGUACAAAAAAGAACGGUUUUAGUCACAACAACAACAAAUUCUACUUAUGAAAAAUCUUUACCCAAUAAAAAUCUUUCACGUAUAUCUAGUUUUAUACGUCGACACUAUGAACGUGCAAAAUCUAAAUUAGUUUCAAAAUCACUUUCAUCAUCAUUAUCGUCAACAUCACAAGCACCUAUAUCUACGAUUACAACAUGUAGUAAAGCAACAUCAACAACACCAUUAUCUCACUUGUCAGAAGAUAAUUAUGCAUUAACAAAUAAACAAAAUUCGAUAUGUAAUCAAAAACCUCAUUAUCUAUCAUCUGUCUAUAAACAAAACUCACAUACUGAACCGGUUUAUUCUAUAUAUGUACAUCCAUUACAUAAUAAUAAUCAAAUAAAAAUAACAACACCUCAACAACAUAAAAAUUAUACUUCAAUAAAUGAAUGUUAUUCUCAUCAACCUUCAUAUCAAUAUUCAACAGUCAAUAAUUCACAGCAAUAUUCAUCAUCAUAUCGUCGUUUAGCUACAAUGGCUAAUUUUGAAAAUACAAAUAAUAAUAAUAAUUAUAAUCUUCGUCGUCAUCAUUAUUAUCCUGUUGAAACAUCGUCAUCAUCUUGUCAAAAUUAUUAUCCAUAUCGAUAUACAAAUAAAAAUUAUGAUUAUAAUCGAUCAAAUUAUGUUUCAUUAAGUGAUGUUAUAAGUAAUAAACCUAGUGCAUUUAAACCUAUUGGACAAAAAGUAAAACCAAAACAAUUUUAUCAACGUCCAACAUAUAAUAUUUAUGAACAAGUACCACCAUCUGAUGAUCCAUGUGAUCUUGAAGUUGCACAAUAUUUUCCUCAUACAUCACAAUGGAGUAAUCCAAAUUAUUUUGAUAUUUAUUCGAAUGAUAUGAAUGUACAAAAUCAAAACUAUACAGAAACUUUGUGUUAA